AUGGUUAAGGAUAUUAGCAUUAAAGAGGAAAAAGAAAGUUUUUGCAAGGUUCAACACUCCAAAACAUUAAAGAGAUUAAGUCUCUAAUAAAUCUAAAACCCAACUAAAUUUUAUUAUAAAAGGAAGGAGAUAUAUUGUAGAAAUAAUUGUUAUUUUGAUUUUUUCGAUCCAAUUGUUUUGAUGUGUUCUUCUCAUGUUACCGAUAAAAUUUCCAUUAGGUCAUUUAUGUAUAUGAUGGGAAAGAAUAAAUGUUUUGGAAAUAGUAGUAGUUAGAAAAGUAAGUAUAAAUUAUCAGAGUAAUAGUAGUUAGAGAACAUUUAGAAUAUAGUAUAUGA